GUGGUUGUUCUCGGACGAGGAGCCAAAACACUAGCGUUGCCAGUCAGUCUGACAGCAAAUGCAGAAGACAGAGCCUCUCGAGAAUGAACGAAAGAAAGAGCACAAGGACAACGAUAAAUGUUUUUGGACUUGGAUUUUUUUUGGGUGGAGUGCAUGAGUCUGUAAGUAAAGACUGAGAAGAUUUUCUCAAUUGGAAAGUGGAGCCUGAAAUUUUCAUGGAGAUUAUAGGACAUACAAAAUUUGCUUUACGUUUCGUUUUCGUGGAUUCUUCUUGUGAAUAGAAUUUGUCUAGAUUAACAAUGGUCGAACCAGUCGGAUUUAUGGAGGCUUGGAAAGCCCAGUUUCCUAAUUCUGAUCCACCAUGCAUGGAUCUGAACUCAAUGGGAGAUAUUGAACAGGAGCUGGACAAAUGCAAAACAUCCAUCAAACACUUGGAGAAGGAAGUAAACAAAGAACGCUUUAGGAUGAUUUACCUGCAGACUCUUCUUGCAAAAGAAAGGAAGUCUUAUGAUGGACAGCGAUGGGGAUUUAAAAUGAUUCCUCAGGCAAGCGAUGAACACCUUCACAAAGAGGAAGUAUCUGUAGUGCAGCCACAGACGGCACCUGGCAAGACAGAUAAGUGGGCACCAUAUUCAGAGAUUGUGGGUGCAAAACAGAAGGGCGGAGAUACACCUGUUGUGCGCCAAGAGUCCGACAUUACAGAAUUUCCAGUGGGGCCGGGUUCAGUGGCGGCUCUGAGAUCCAACUUUGAGCGCAUUAGGAGAGCCAACUCAAACACAGCUGGAGAUUGCAGAGGGUUGUCUGCGAUGGGAGGACCAGAGAAACCUUUCUACGUGAAUCUGGAAUACCAUUAUGAACGAGGACUGGUCAAAGUUAACGACAGGGAAGUGUCAGACAAGAUCAGCACGCUUGGCUGUCAGGCCAUGCAGAUGGAACGCAAGAGGUCUCUUCAUUCCGUACCAGGGAACCUGUCAGCCACCACAGCAGACUUAGCCAAGUGUGUUCAGCGGGGUGGAUCCACCGAGGGGAGCUACAGUUAUAAUGGGUCAUAUGCCGAACCAGAGGUCACCUAUCGCUCCCUGAAAGACAGCGUGAUCCAUUCCACAGAAGGAAAAUCUGAGACACAGUCUGAGUGUCAACCAUACACCAGUGUGUAUGUCGGGGGAAUGAUGGCUGAGGGGGACACUCGAGUGAUCCACAUUAGAGACCACAGCAUAGAGGAGAACACGCAUCUAACAUGGCCUCGGCGCUCCUGUUCCCCCGGCAGCUUUGAUGACGACGGAGGAGGAGGAUACACUCCAGACUGCAGCUCCAAUGAAAACUUGACAUCCAGCGAAGAGGACUUCUCCUCAGGCCCGUCCAGCCAUGUUUCCCCCAGUCCCACAAGCUAUCCAAUGUUCAGGGACAAAAGCCGCUCACCUUCCCAGCAAUCGUUUGAUAGCAGCAGCCCACCCACACCUCUCACCCAAAAGCGUCUGAAGCAGCAGGUGGGGGUUACUGAGCAGAUCAGAGUACAUAAAGCAGGCCAACCUUGGCCCAGUGAUGGGGAGUCCACCACAUCAAGCAGGACCUCCCAUGACAACAGUGUUCAAGGCGAUCUGGAUAACGAGGCCCCGCCGUCAUUUACGUAUGACUUGGAACACUCGGAAGAGCAAUCUUGUCACGAUGCUCUGUCCCUCACUGGCUCUCCUUCUUCAUCACCACAGCUGCGUCCCAAAAGUCGUUGUAGCCGAGACACACAAUCAUCUUGUUCCUUGGAGUCGACGCUGUCGGUUGAGCUGGAUCAGGAAAAAGGGGUGGAGAUGCGGAAGUGGGUUCUGUCCGGAAUCCUGGCCAGUGAGGAGACCUACCUCAGCCACCUAGAAGCACUAUUGAUUCCCAUGAAGCCGCUAAGGGCCGCCGCCACAACAUCGCAACCAAUGCUAACCAUCCAGCAGAUCGAGACAAUUUUCUUUAAAGUGCCAGAGCUCCAUGAGAUCCAUAAAGACUUCUAUGAUGCUCUGCUUCCUCGUGUUCAAGACUGGAGUUACCAGCAAUGUGUGGGAGACCUCUUCCAGAAACUGGCCAGCCAACUCGGAGUGUACCGGGCCUUUGUGGAUAACUAUAAGGUUGCUGUGGCGACAGCAGACAAAUGCUGCCAGGCAAACACACAGUUUGCACAGAUAUCUGAGAACCUCAAGGUCAAAGGCACAAAGGACAACAAAGACCAGUCAGCAAAGAAAUCCCUAGAAACUCUUCUCUACAAGCCUGUAGACCGGGUCACCCGCAGCACGCUCGUUCUGCAUGACUUACUGAAGCAUACGCCGUCCAGCCACCCUGACUAUCCGUUGCUACAGGAUGCCCUGCGCAUCUCGCAGAACUUUCUCUCCAGCAUUAAUGAAGAAAUCACCCCUCGCAGACAGUCAAUGACAGUUAAGAAGGGAGAGAAUCGCCAGCUUCUGAGGGACCGCUUCGUGGUGGAGCUAGUUGAAGGUUCCAGGAAACUCCGUCAUGUCUUCCUCUUUACUGACCUGCUGCUCUGCACCAAGCUGAAGAAACAGGCUGCUGGGAAAGGCCAACAGUAUGACUGCAAGUGGUACAUUCCUCUAGCCGAUUUAACCUUUCAGACCAUUGAGGACUGCGAGUCGACCCCUAUCCCUCUAGUCCAGGACGAGGAAAUUGACGCCAUGAAGAUCAAACUGUCCCAGAUUAAGAAUGAGAUCCAACAAGAAAAGAGAACCACCAAAGGACCCAAGGUGAUGGAGCGACUGAGGAAGAGGUUAUCAGAGCAGGAGUCUCUGCUUCUUCUCAUGUCACCCAACAUGGCUUUCAGAGUGGCCAACAGGAAUGGCAAGGGUUUCACAUUUCUGAUCUCGUCAGACUACGAACGUGCUGAAUGGAGAGAGAUUAUUCGCGAACAACAGAAAAAAUGCUUCAAGAGCUUCUCUCUGACAUCUGUCGAGCUACAGAUGCUUACUAACUCAUGUGUGAAACUCCAGACUGUCCACACUAUUCCAGUGACCACAAACAAAGAGGAUGACGAAUCGCCAGGAUUGUACGGCUUUUUGAAUGUCAUUGUACAUUCUGCAUCGGGUCUCAAACAAACCUUAAACCUUUACUGUUCUCUGGAGGUGGAUUCCUUUGGCUAUUUUGUCAACAAAGCCAAAACGCGUGUGUACAGAGACUCUACUGAGCCCAGCUGGAACGAGGAGUUUGAGAUUGAGUUGGAGGGCUCCCAGACUCUGAGGCUGCUCUGCUAUGAGAAGUCUUGUAGCAAAGCCAAGCAGAGCAAAGAAGAUGGAGAGAUGACAGACAAGAUUAUGGUCAAAGGGCAGAUAAAGUUGGAUCCCCAGAACUUGCAAAACAAAGACUGGCAGAGGACGGUCAUUGCUAUGAAUGGGGUGGAGGUCAAGCUUUCCAUGAAGUUCACCAGCAGAGAGUUCAGUCUGAAGCGCAUGCCUUCGCGGAAACAGUCUGGCGUGUUUGGGGUGAAAAUUAAUGUCGUAACAAAACGGGAGCGCUCCAAGGUUCCCCUGAUUGUGAGACAGUGUGUUGAAGAGAUCGAGCGACGAGGGAUGGAGGAAGUGGGCAUCUACAGAGUGUCUGGUGUCGCAACUGACAUCCAAGCUCUUAAGGCCGCCUUUGAUUCGAACAACAAAGAUGUGUCUGUGAUGAUGAGGGACAUGGACGUGAACGCCAUCGCCGGCACGCUGAAGUUGUAUUUCCGCGAGCUACCUGAGCCUCUUUUCACUGACGAGUUGUACCCCAACUUUUCCGGAGGCAUUGCGCUUUCUGACAGCGUGGCCAAGGAGAGCUGCAUGCUCAACCUACUGCUGUCUCUGCCAGAGCCCAAUCUGGUCACCUUUCUCUUUCUACUUGACCACCUGAAAAGGGUGGCUGAAAAUGAGGGCUUCAACAAGAUGUCUCUGCACAACCUGGCUACUGUUUUUGGUCCCACUUUGCUUCGACCGUCUGAGAAAGACAGCAAAAUCACAAUCAACAGUUCACAGCCGAUCUCCAUGAAUGACAGCUGGUCUCUGGAGGUCAUGGCUCAGGUGCAAGUUCUACUCUACUUUCUUCAGCUUGAAGGCAUUCCAACACCUGAUAGCAAACGACAGAGUCUUCUCUUUUCUAGCGAAGUAUAACAGGAUUUUUUUUACAUGAUAAAAGCGGUGUUCAGAACGAGAAAUGGAUUAUGCGCGAAUUUGCCACUAGAUGGCGGAAUCACCUCAUCAGUCAUAAAGAGCAAGCUUUCAGAUGCUUAGUUUGGAUGAACAUGAGCGUCAACCUGCUGGUUUACUAUCGCCUAGAAGGUAUAUGCACAAAUUGUAUCUUUUCCAACACGUUUUAUAAUUCAGUGACGUUUUUUUUAUGCCGUUUGCUGCCCGUCAUCGUGCACAAUAAUCGUAUGUUCACAGAGGGUGAAUUUGUUACAUUUGUCACUGGCGACUGCGGAUUGUUGGAAUAUAAAUCGAUCAAGGUUUUCAUGUCUACUCUCGGUGUUGCUUAUGCCACGGGUUCAUUUUGUGUUUACACAGAGAUGGAAAUUUGCAGUUUGAUUCCAACAUGCAGGCAUGUUGACCUGAAAUAAACUGGAAGGUUUUAGUAUUAUGUGUAAAACAUCAGUAGGUUUUGGUGGCAUCUACACCGUCCCUAGUAGAAAUAUUUUUCAUGUUUUCAUUAAAUAUCAGCAUUUUUUUUUUUAAAAGUUCCUUCACAUUUUGUCCCUAUUAUAUUUGUUAGUUACCAUUCCGUUUGAUUUAUGUAUCUAGAGUUGUUGUUUUGGUGUUUUUAAUUGCAUUCCUUCUUUGGGAUCCUCCCUUUAACUUGCAGUCGUUAUGAGAGCAACUUAAUGGGUUCCCUUAAUUGACCCAUUUUCCACACUCCUGGGGUAUUAACAGGUUUAUCACCCUCCUGCAGUAUUCAUUUAAAGAUGUGUGGAAAUACAACAGUGGAGUUACUUUCCAAAUCAUUGCAAGUAUUGAAAUGCUUGUUAACACAAACUGAAACACUUUAUUCUUGUGAUUUGUGUGUAAUACACCAUUGCUUCUGGUAAACACUGACCAAAUCUGUUAUGUAUGAUUUCUAUAAAUAAAAACUUACUUGACAACCAAA